AUGGCCGCCGCGGACCAGCCCUCGGGCUUGAUGGAGAUUGCGAGCUCCCUCACGCAAGAUGAAAUCCCGUUCAAACUACGGUGCGCGAUUUGCAACAAGCUUGCCGUGAAUGCUUUUCGCUUGCCCUGCUGCGAUCAAGCCAUUUGCGAAAGCUGCCAAGCAUCGCUUCCCGAAACUUGCCCCGUCUGCGCGCACACGCCUCUUACGUCCGAUCUCUGCAAACCGAACAAGGCUCUGCGCACCACACUGAAGGCAUUCCUUCGCACCGAAGAAAAGAAGCGCGAAAAAGAGCGACAGUCCGCUACGCCAGCCGUCGCGAAUGGCACGACUCCUCUGGAAGGAACACCCGCGCAACAAGACGCGCCGGCUCCUCCCAAUGCCCCUGAAGAGAAGGCGACUGAAGAACCGCCGCAACCGCUGCCAGUGAAUUAUCAAGUUCCGGAUCAGCGUCCCGUCGAAGCCAAUGCUGCGGAACAUCAAAUCCAUGAUGUGGAGCCAGGACCCGAAGCUCCUGAUGAGGCUCCAGCUCAGGAUGCUCAUCCUGAAACUUUCCCUGCCGAUGCGGCAGAUCAGGCUGACGCUGCACCCCAGGACGAACCCGUCGAAGGUGAAGGAAAUGACGAGAACCCGGCCCAACCCGCCGAGCAAGAAAUGGCCCAGGACCAAGCAGCGAACCCGAUGGCGUCGAACACUAUGGGAUUCAACAUGGGUGCCGGAGCUUUCCCAAAUAUGGCCUGGAACAACAAUGCCGGGUUCAACCCGAUGUCCCAGCAGUUCAUGGGCGGUGGUGGGAUGUUCAAUUUCCCGAACCAAAUGGACAUGCCUGGCAUGGCGAUGGACCCGAUGGCCGCGAAUCAGGGGAUGAUGGGAGGCUACGGAAUGAAUAUGAAUGGCAUGAACAAUGGCAUGAAUAUGGGCAUGAGUUUCGACGCGGGUCAAGGGAUGUAUGGGGGAUGGGACGGCUCGCAGAACAAUAUGUGGAAUGGAGGCCAAGAUAAAUUCAAUCCAAAUGCUUUCGCAAAUGGUAUGGGCUCGCAGUAUGGGGCCCCACCUGGAUUUGGCGGAUAUAAUAUGUCUCAACCCAACGGAGUUCAUGCUCAAAUGCAGCACCAGCAGUUCCCUAGCCAAGAUUAUCCGUCCGGCUACCAUGGCCCCGGUUUUGGCAGAGGUAAUUUCCGAGGUCGCGGCCGUGGCUUCUUCGGCGGUCGUGGCCGUGGCGGUUUCCCCGGCUCCUCUAUGCAGGCUAACUACCCUCCUUAUCAAAACCAUAACUCCCCUAAUUUCAAUGCAGACAUGGCAUCUCAGUCGCACGAGGACGUAUCUCCGGAUCUGCCAUCCGGGGAUGCAAAGGAUGUCGACGGCGCUGACGAGAAUGUUCCAGGCAGUGAGCAGGAAGUCUCUCAGAUCCCGUCUUCUACCGACAUCCCUAGCGGUGCCGAUGGUAAUGCCACGGAGAGUGUCCCAGGCGACGUAGCAGGGGACGCUACCGGAGUGGAGGAGGAUUCUUCCCAGCUUCGAGGUAUACCGACCAUCGACAGCCUCGACGAGGCCAACGCCCAGGAAAUGUCUAGCGGCCCCAUGGGCAUGAACGGUCACAUGGGCCCCGGCUUUGGGCGAGGUGGCUACAUGCGUGGAGCUUUCCACGGAGGCGGCCGGAGUGGGUUUGGCGGUCCCUUUAUGUCCCAACCUAACAUGCACCAAGUCCCGAGAGUCAAUCCCGGCGUUGAAGGUGCACCCGCUGCCCCUCGAGCCAUGCGCCAGGGACUUCCUAACACCAGCGUGUUGCGUCAGCGGAAUUUCCAAGGAACUGGGCGAUCUCCUAUCCCCCGGCCCGACGCUUCGCAGAGUGCCACCCCCACCGCGCAGGAAGACCCGCAGCCGCAGUUUGAGCCUAGAUCGAGAUCUCAGUCGCGAGGCCGGUCUCCGUCGAAACCACGGAGCCAUUCUCGUUCUCCUGCACGAUCGCCCUCGCACUAUGAUCGCACGUAUCGUCAACGCUCUGCAAGUAUUGACCGAAAUACGGAAGACUCCGAACGUAGACGCGAGCGACGCAGAAGAGAGGAUCGGCACCCAGACCAGGCGGCAGAUGAUCGUCGCACUCGGUCCCCUUCCGUCGAGUCUCGGAAAUCGUCCUACCGUCGCGAUCGAGCUCGGGACCGGCGAAGCGAUCGUCGGCCGCGUCGGUCACACCGUCGGAGCCUCAGCGCUAGUCGCAAUGGGGACACCCGCGACGCCGAUCGUCUUUCCCUGAUCCCGGAGGAUAAGGGCACGGGCUCUCGGAGCAGAACCCCAGCUGCCGCAGACGCGGUUGAAUCAUCGAGUAGACGCACCAGAGAUCGCCCUAGUCGUCGCGAAGAAGAACGCGAGAGAGAGAAAGAUAGCAGACGUCGGGACCGGGAUCGAAACCGCGACCGCGAACGGGACCGAGAUCGUGACCGUGACCGUGACCGUGACCGAUAUCGCGAAAGAGAGCGGGACCGCGACAGGGAAAGGGACCGGGAUCGCGAUCGUCGUCGGGGCCGUGAAAAGGAUCGCGAGCGCGAGAAGAAGCGCUCCCGUCGCGAUCGCACGGCUUCGCCCGCCGACAGCGAAUAUUCGUCCCGCCACCAUUCCCGCCGCGUCAAGCGCAGCCGCGACGACGAGCGCGCCAAAGACAAAUCCUCCAAAACCACCGAACCCGAAAAAGAUCCCCACACCCUCGAGCGCGAAGCUCGCAACCGAGAACGCAUGCUGAAGGAAAAGCAACGCCGCGAAGCCAUGCAGGCCGACGGAGGCGGCGGCAGCAGCGGCAAAUCCGGCCGCAGACGUGACAGUCGUCAGGAGCGAGGCCUCCCCGGCGGACGACGACUCAGCUACAAAUACGAAGACGAAGAGAAUGACGAUUCUCGCGCUGCUCGUGUGGAAAAAGAACGCGAGGCCGGUCGUUGGGCUUGA